UUGACAUUCUUUUCUUAAUAUUAUUUUUAUUUACUCUUUGUCGUCAUAUGUUUAGCGCACACGUGUUUAUGUUAAAAAAUUCUGGAGCUUUACAUUUUUAGGGUUGACCGGAUAAUCUUUGUAAGAAAGAUAUACUAAAAGAAGAGAUGGUAGUGUUUACUUGUGGACAUUGUGGCGAAUCCGUACAAAAACCAAAAGUAGAAAAGCAUUAUCUCACAAAAUGUAGGAACCGUACUCCUAACUUGUCCUGUAUGGAUUGCUUCAAGGACUUUUUAGGGAAUGAUUAUGAUGCUCAUAUCAAAUGUAUAACUGAGGAGGAAAGAUAUUCUGGCAAAGGUUUCACAGCCAAAGAAAAGAAAGGCGAGAAGAAGCAAAAUGCCUGGGUUGAGAUGUUACAAUCCGUGUUAGACGAGACUGAAACAAAAUCUCCUAAUGUACUUAGAAUUAUUGAAACAAUUAGUAAACAUAAUAAUACUCCCAGAAAGAAGCCAAAAUUUGUUAAUUUUGUUAAAAAUGUUUGUGGUCAAAAAACAAAUCCAAAAGAUAUUGAUCAAGCAUGGGAUCUGAUUUCAGUAAAGCUGGCAGCUUUAUCCCAAGUGAAUGGACAUAACAAGAAUAAUAGCGAAAAGAAUGCAAAUGGAGAGUGUAAUGGAAAAUCUGAAGACAAGUCAAAAGGAAUUUCUAAAGACAAUGUGAAGAAUGGCGAUGAAGUUGAAAAUGCCACUGAAAAGGAAGAGAACGAAGAUGAAAGUAAUGAUGUGCCAAUAAAAAAUGGUAACUGUGACGUCCCUGAUAAGAAAUUGUCUAAGAAGCAGCGCAAAGAAGAAAAGAAAAAGAAGAAGUAUGAAGCUGAAUUACAGGAUGCUGAACAACAUCCUGCUGAAGAAGAAGUUGUAGAAGUUCAAUCGAAAAAGAAAGGAAAAAAGAAUAAAAAUAAAGAGAAUAAAGCAAAUGGUACAGAUGAAGCAGAAGGUGAUAAUAACAUUGAAGGGAAAAAUAAAAACAAAAAGAGAAAACGUCAGGAUACUGUUAACACUAUACCUGAAGUUGUUGAAGAUGAAAUUGCAAUUGAGGAGCCAAUUAAAGUAAAAGCUCAACAAAAGAAGAAAAAAGUAGAUUCAGAGGAAGACAGUGUUACACUGCAUGACCAAAAUGUAGCCAAAAGUGAAGAACAAUCAACUAAAAAUGACAAAUUUAAUUGGCAUGCAGUUAUUGUGUCUGUUUUACAGAAGAAAGAUAAUGAAGUACCUUUUAAAAGACUGCAAAAGAAAGUUCUUUCUGAAUAUUCGGAAAUUACUGGCAAUGAAGUUGACGACAGGAUUGCCGAGAAAUUUAUAAAGAAAUUAAAAAGUGCCCCAAAUGUUAGAGUUGAUAAAAAUAGAGUUGUUCUGGUACAAGAAGAUGAUGAUUAGUUAAAAUAUACUCUUGUGUCUCAAUUUUAUCAUAA